CCCGCGCGGGGCCGGACUGCAGCCGCCUUAGUCUCGGCAGCCCCCGGUGCGGCACGAUGCUGGUGGCGGCGGCUGCCGAGCGCAACAAGGAGCCCAUCCUGCACGUGCUGCGCCAGUACGUGGACCCGGCGCGGCGCGGUGUGCGCGUGCUCGAGGUGGCCUCGGGCUCUGGCCAGCACGCGGCGCACUUCGCGCGCGCCUUUCCGCACGCCGAGUGGCAGCCGUCCGACGUGGACCAGCGCUGCUUGGACAGCAUCGCGGCCACCGCGCGAGCCCAGGGGCUGUCCAACGUGAAGGCCCCGCUGUACCUGGACGUGACCUGGGACUGGGAGCAGUGGGGCGGGAUCCCGCCGCAGUCGCUGGACCUGCUGUUAUGCAUCAACAUGAGCCACAUCAGCCCCCUGAGCUGCACCGAGGGGCUCUUCAGAGCAGCAGGACACCUGCUCAAACCCAAGGCUUUGCUCAUCACCUACGGGGAACCCGGAGUGGGGGCUACGGGACACAGCCCUACUGGAGAAAUUGGGCCAGGCCAGUGGCCUGCUCUUGGAGAGGAUGGUAGACAUGCCAGCCAACAACAAGUGCUUGAUUUUCCGGAAAGAGUAACCUCCUCCUUCACCCCACGCCUGCAUCCCUGCCGAAGGCUCUGUCGGGCAGAAACCCGAUCACCAGCCCCUCCUCCCUGGGCCCAGCUACUGUCUUGGGGAUGACCAGCACCACUCCUCUCUGGGCUCUUGACUGGCAGCUGCAGGGCCAUCAAGAGCCUGGGCUCAGCUUGUCUCAAAAUAAAGUGUUUCUUGCUGCCCCACUGCGGGUGUCCGCCA